CCAAUAUUUUUGGAAUGGUUGGAUUAAUUACAGUCCAUUCAUUUCUAUGUAAUGGAUCCACAGUGCAUGACUUCAUCUUCUUCCUUGAUUCUCAGAAUUCACAGAAUCAGCCAUGGAUUCACAGUAUAUCCAACCAAAGCUAGAAUUCAUCUAACAAACAGAAGGGUGUUCUUCAAAUUCAACGUCAAUUAUGGUAGUGGUUCUCAAUGGCGGAAAAAGAAAAAGACAUUGCUUACUCAAAGAAUCUAUACAACAAAGUCGAAGAGAGAGCAAUUGGAAGGGAAGGAAGAAGAUGCUGCUGCUGAGGUUAUUGGAAAGAAGGGAACCAUAGCUGGCGCAGUUGCUCUUAUUGUUGGUACUAGUAUUGGCUCAGGAAUACUUGCACUUCCACAGAAAGCUUCUCCUGCUGGUAUCCUUCCAAGUUCCAUAUCCAUGAUAAUUUGCUGGGGGUUUCUCGUAAUUGAAGCCCUUUUGCUCGUAGAAGUCAAUGUAGGACUGCGGAGGAAAAAUAAGAGGAAGAAGGAAGAAGAAAGUGAAUUAGAGGUUAUCUCCAUUAGGACCAUGGCUCAAGAGACACUGGGAGAUUGGGGUGGAACUCUGGCCACUGUUACCUAUGUCUUCUUGGGUUACACUACCAUGAUUGCUUAUAGCUCUAAGUCCGGAGAGAUACUCUUCCAUCUUGUCAAUCUUCCUGAAUCUGUUUCAGCCUUCAUAUUUACUGCAAUUUUCACCUUGCUCAUUUCUGUUGGUGGGACUCGUGCCACAGAUCAAGUGAACCAAUGGCUCACUGCUUCCAUGAUAGGUUUAUUACUGGCAAUUGAAGCUCUGGCAGCAGCAUUUGGAGGAUGGUCAGGGCUGGGAGGAAAUGGUGACUGGGGGAAAGUUCCAGCUAUCAUUCCCGUGAUGAUAUUCUCUUUGGUAUAUCAUGAUCUAGCACCCGUACUCUGUGCUUAUUUGGAUGGUGACCUUACACGAUUGAGGGCUUCAAUCUUGCUAGGUAGCCUUGUUCCGUUGUUUGCAUUGCUUUUUUGGGAUGCAAUUGCCCUUGGCCUCUCAGCGCAGGCUAACCAAAUUACUGACCCUGUUGAAUUGCUUUUGAGCGUAAGCUGGGGUGGAGUUCCGUUUAUGGUACAGGCAUUUUCACUUCUGGCAGUAGGAACAUCGCUCAUUGGCACUCUCCUAGGUUUCUCAGAGUUCUUUAAGGAACAACUUAAGAAGCUUCAUUGGUAUUCUCUAUCACAGCAGAGAGCAGACAAGCACAAUGGCCAGACAAAUUGGUGGGGAAGAAAUAAAAUUAACUUUACAGCAAUGGCUAUGGCUGUCACACCACCUCUUCUUGUCUCAACAGCCAUUCCAGAUGCAUUUUCUGAGGCCACAGACGUUGCUGGUGGCUACUGCAUGACAGUGCUGUAUGGAGUUCUCCCACCGGCAAUGGCUUGGGCAAUGCAUGGAAAAGAAGGGGAGGGUCCUGAUCAUAAGGCUUUAUCCGGGAAGAAGCCUGCACUUGUUGGGUUGGGAUUAUUUGCAUGCGGGAUAGUGCUCGAGCAGAUACUGCACGAUUUAAUGGCACUGCAGUUUUGAGGAUAAGUCUUUAGAACUAAUAUGACUUCUUGAUGUAGUCAUACCAGUUUGUAAAUAAAAACUUAGAUCCCUGUAAAAGAACAGAAAAUUGUGUUCUGUAAUCCUGCAAAUCCUAGGAUCUUGAAGAAUGAUUUUUACACAACUGAACCUCUCUCUAAAUGUAUGGCGGAAUCCAGAAGCC